GACUUUCAUCCUCAAAAUUUUUUCCCGAAAUUCUCACUUUACUUUCUCUUUCUCUCUCCCCCUCCCCUGUCUCCUCUCAGAGGAAGAAAAUAAAAAACCCUAAUCUUUUUUAUUUUUCGCUGAGAAAUUCACCCUUUUCCUCACUGGUCUUGAAUCCACUGCCUCUGUCUUCGAUUCGUGCGUUUCUAGGGCUUCAAUGGAGUGAACCCACGGAAAUUACCGGAGGUUUGUCGAAGAUCUAGAGGAAGAGACUCGCACACAACACCAAUGACGUCCGCUGACAAGGAGCUCGAAGAGCAGCUUCUCGAAGCUGGAAACAAGCUACUGGAUCCUCCGUCUUCUGUUGAUGAGCUCCUCCCCCUUCUUGAUCGAGUUGAAAAUUUCCUAUCAAGGGUUGAGCAGUCCCCUACCAAGUCGAUGCAAAAUGCACUCUCUCCAUCAUUGAAAGCAUUGGUUGCUGACAAAUUACUAAAGCAUUCAGACGUUGAUGUGAAAGUUGCAGUUGCUUCUUGCAUCAGCGAGAUCACAAGAAUUACAGCUCCAGAUGCGCCUUAUGAUGAUGAGCAGAUGAAGGAGGUCUUUCAAUUGAUUGUAUCUUCAUUUGAAAAUCUACUUGAUAAGUCAAGCCCGUCAUAUACAAAGAGGACCUCAAUUGUUGAAACUGUUGCGAAGGUCAGGUCAUGUGUAGUAAUGCUGGAUCUUGAAUGUGAUGCCUUGAUUGUGGAGAUGUUUCAGCAUUUCUUUAAGGCUGUAAGGGAACAUCACCCAGAGAGUGUUUUUUCAUCCAUGGAGAUUAUUAUGACCCUUGUUAUAGAGGAAAGUGAAGAUAUAUCUCUGGACUUACUUGCUCCAAUCUUGGCCAGUGUGAAGAAGGAUGAGGGUGUUCUUCCACUAGCUAAAAAGCUGGGGGAGAGAGUCCUUGAAAGUUGCGCAACCAAGCUUAAACCAUACUUAGUGCAAGCAGUGAGCACCCUGGGUAUCUCUCUGGAUGAUUAUAGCAAGGUACUUGCUACGAUAUGCCAAGAGACGCCUGGUAGCGCGGAGCAGAAUGAUGCAGAUGAGAGCAAAUCAGCCAAAGAACCAUUGGAAGAGUCAACUCAGGUGGGUAAAGAGGAUUCAGUAGAAGCUCCGCCUCCUCAAGAAGCUGAUCCUGUUGAAGACAAAUCUCCUAAGCCAGUCAUGAGCAAUGGCAAUGCACAGCCUGGGGAAGAUAACUCUCUAGCUGAUUCCAAAUCCACCAAGAAGCAAGAUGGUGCUGAUCAUUCUGAUCAAUUGAAGGGCGGCAGUGAACCAGGUAAUGAGGAGCGCAAUAGUUUGGAUGCUGAUAAGGUUGACAAUACGGAGCAAAAGCCCGAACAAGCUUCUGAGAAGAAGGGGAGGACAUCUACUUCAGCAAAGGCAGAACCUUCUGAGGGUCAAACUGUGGCUAUUGAGGAGGAAGCUGAGAAACCACCUGACUCUAAACCUCAAAGCAAGGACGUUCUGAGCUCACCUAAAAAUGAUCAUUCUGCUGAGUCAGCUGGACAUUCAGAGAAUGACAAAGAGACUGAUGUUCAUGUUUCAUCACCCAAGGCAGUUGAGGAUGAAUCUGAAGUUUUUGCUUCUCCACCUACUGAGAGCCUUCCUGAGGAAAAUCGUUCAAAGAAAUCUGGACGGCCAAAAAAGAAAGAUGGUUCUGCCAAAGGAGGGGCAGAAUCCACUGAGGAUGAUUCCAAAAAAGUGUCUGGAGAAACUAGUGAUACUGAAGCGAAGCCUGCCACACGGUCAGCAAAAAAAAUGUCUGGUGGGAGAUCUGACCGGAAGAAAACUACUGUGGUAGAUUCAGCCAAAAAAGGAAGUCAGGCUGCAGGUGAUCCAGAUGUGAAAAGGCACUCAGCUAGGAAAGUAGAUGAAAGUGACAAGAGUGGUGGGGGAUCCUCUGCUAGGCAAUCAGAGGACAGGAAAAAGAGGACACGUGGAAAAAGUACUGCUGAUGCUAUUGUAUCAAAAUCCGGUAAAGAUGUGGAUAAGGAAUCGUUGUCUUCACCAAAGUCGGGGACAAGAUCUACAAAAGACGAAGAACAUCUAGAGGAGUCUGCUAAGGGAAAUUUGAAGAGGAAACGAACUCCUGGAAAAGAAAAAGAAAAUGAAUCUGAUAUCAUCGAACGCGGUGAAGCUCUUGUUGGUUCACGGGUUAAAGUUUAUUGGCCACAUGAUCGUGCGUAUUAUAAAGGUGUUAUUGAUUCUUUUGAUCCUUCCAAAAAGAAGCACAAGGUUAUGUAUGAUGAUGGUGAUGAAGAAAUAUUAAAUCUUGAGAAGGAGACAUGGCAGCUUCUUAAAGAUGAACCUGGUUCUAAUAAGGAAGAAGGAAGUGGUCGAUCAAGUCCUGAUGCUUCCCCUAAUACGCCCCCAAAAAAGAAAGGGAAGGCAAGUGACUCAAUUCAGCGUUCAAAGGUGGAUUCUUCUUCUAAAAGUGGUGGAGCCAAAUCUGGUAAAUCGAAGGGUGCAUCCACAAAAUCUGGCGGCAAGUCCAAGGGUGGCAGCAAAGUUGAUAGCAAAUCCAAAAUUUCCAAGUCUGAUGAGGAAGUUGCUAAAAAAUCCAAGGACAGUACUCCCAAGAGUGGUAGCAGUAAAUCUGCGGAAACUGCGACCAAGACUUCUAUCAAAUCAAAAAACACAGAUACUAGCAACAAAAAGAGCAAAUCAAAGGACGACGAAGUUAGUGCCUCAAAACUUUCUGGGAAGCCUAAGCAAGCAACUCCGAAGACAGGAAAGUCCAAGCAAGAAACAAGCACCGUUUCUGCCUCAAAGGGCAAAACUUCUAAAAGUGGUGCUCGGUCAAAUAUUAAUGGCAGUGGAAAGAUGAAGUCCGGUUCAUUGAAGGCAAAAGAUUCAGAGAAAGAGAACUCGGGUGACUCAACCGAAGAGGUAGAGGAUAUUAAGGUCAAGUCAGCAAGUUCCUCAAAGGCGCAAGGAAGUGAGGGCAGGUCUGGAAAGAAGCGUCGAAGAGGCUAGAGGAGAGUCUUUACUUACUGUGUAUCCCUCAUAGCCCGCCUGCUUGUCUUCUGCUUAGCAAUGUAAUCUUCUUUUACAGCAUUUUGGAGUUCUUGUCGGAUCCCUCUAGUGCAAUUAGGCCCUGUGUUAGGUAUCUGUCCAUCGUUAUGGUAAUACCCCACAUUGCUGCUAGAAUUGUUAUCCAUAGUUAGUCUAGUAUAGUGGUAGAAGGGGCUUAGUAUCUAUUUAUUUUUCCCCCCCUUUUUUCAGUUUUUUCCUAGAUGGAUGUUUAUUUUGGAGGCUACAGCAGAAAACAAUUCAAUAGCAACCAUUAAAAGAAUGCUUUCACAGCAAA